AUGCAAACUACUACAACAACAACAGACUAUUUAAGACAGUUUAACAAAGAGGCUCCAUCUCAAUUAUAUCCAUUUCACAUUGGAAGCAAUUCUUUGUCACAUCAUUCAUAUAUUACACCAUCGUCAUCAUCAUUCAACAACAACAAUGACCUCAACAUCGAUGCCAAAGACCGUCAAAUUUGUGAUCAAUCAAACCUGAUCCAAAAGCUCAAAAGUAUCAUUUACAACUCUGCCGAUGAUCUAUUAAUUAAUCAAAUGAAUAUUGCUUUUUCAGAAAGUACUUAUUAUAAGCUUACUGCUCCUCCAGAAAUUCCAAGUUUAUCAUUCCAUGGAUUAGGAGAAUCAGCAUUCCCACCAGUGAUUGGUGGUCAAUUUGGAAGAGCUGGAUCACCAAGAAAGGAAACAUCACAACCACCACUUACUCCAGCCUCUAUCACUUCAAAUAUUCCACAACAACAACAACAACCAACACAACACAAAUCACCAAGAAAACUCAAUAGUUCAUCAUCAUCCAACAAUAUUACCAAUGGUAUUGGUGGAAUUAGCGGAUCACUCCCCCCACUUACCAGUGUAGCAUCAUCAUCAUCCAACUCGGCAGCCCUCAACAAUCUUGCCAACUCGUUUGGUAGUUUGACCGGUGGAGGUUCAAAGAUUAAGAAAUCACCCUCUAUGCCAACCAUCACAAAGAACAACAACAACAACAACAAUAACAAUAGCAUCAAUAGUCUCAGCAAUAAUCAACCAUCACAUAGUUUCGAUAGAACCAAUAAGCCACCCCUCACCAAAUCUAGUAGUAAUACAAAUAUCUCUGGUCUCCACAAAGGUGAUGUGUCGCCACCCAAGGGCAAGAGCAACAGCAACAACAACUUGGUCGACCAACAACAAAUGCCACGCAAGCAGAUGACCAAGUCUGUGAGUAUGGGUGCCAUUGUCAACCAACAAGAUUUGCCCAUCAAAUGCACUUCGCUCGAGGAGAUCACCGGCCAAAUCUACCAUCUCACCAAGUACCAAGCCGGCUGCAGAUUCCUCCAAAAGAAGCUCGAAGAAAACCCCGACAGCGAACAUGUAACACUUAUCUUUAACGAGGUCUUUGAGCAUAUCCAGUCGUGUCUGUUGGACCCAUACGGACAGUACCUCAUCCCACAGUUGAUGAAGUAUUGCAGCUCGGCUCAACGUAGAAUGAUUGUCGACCGUAUCGCACCAAUGGUCGAGACGUUUGCGUGCCACAUUUACGGUAUCCACGAAGAAGUUGAAGUGAUGGAGAGUGUAACAUUAUCAUUGAAUGAUAUUAAACAAGAUGAAAAGAGUAGAUCUACAACAUUGACUAUUACAGACUCUGUCAACAAUACUAAGAAAGAGAUCCAAACACCUGCAUUCAUUCUAUACACAAAACAAGGUAGUCCUGAUAACCUUACAAAGGAUCUAUUAAACUCUUUACCUUAUUGGAAUGUUCGUACUAUGCAAUUGUUAUUACAAGACAUUGUACAAUUCAAAGAUACAUUACAAAAGUAUGGUAAAGGAGCACAUUCAUUCCUUAGUUUACAAGAACAUAUUCUAUAUUUGGCAGUUAGAGAUUCAAAUACAUAUCAAGAGAAUACUUUUAAUGAUCAAUCUUUUAAUGUAUUGGCUAGAAAGGGUAAUGUUAGAUGCCCAACUGAAGACUUUAUAAAGACUGUUCUUGCUGCUAAACCAGACUUUGUUACCUCACUAUCAUUUGAUAACUAUUGGAGUACUUCUCAAAAGAAAUUAAGAAAGCAAUUGGAUUAUUCUACAAAACAAUUGGAUACUUUAUUAUCUAAUCAAUCUGUUAAUAAGAGUACAGUAUUUGCAAAUAUUAUUGGUGGAAAGAAUGAAGAAUUAUUAUUAAAAUAUAACAAAGAUAUUGCUACAACAAAGAGUGUUGGAGGAUACACUUUGGCAAACUAUGGUACCAAUGAAACCAUUGAAGAGAGAACACAACAAAUUCCAAAGUUGGUGGAAUUAUUACCAUCGGAUAAACCAAUUUUAAUCACCGGUAUUGGUGCACCAGAACAAGUAUUAUCACUCAUUGAAAUGGGUAUUGAUUUAUUUAGUACAAAUUAUCCAAAUACAUUGACAGAGUUUGGACAUGCUCUAACUUUUACCUAUAAAUAUGAUGAUUUAAAGAAUGUUGAUGAUAGUUCCAAAUUAAAGGGAUCUAGUAAAAUGAAUCUUUGGGAUGUUAAAUAUGUCAUCGAUGCUACGCCCAUCUAUGAUCAAUGUCCAUGUUUUACUUGUAAAAAUCAUACUCGUGCCUAUAUACAUCAUCUACUCAAUACUCAUGAAAUGACUGCUCAAGUAUUACUAACAAUUCACAAUGUUUCACAUUACACUGGAUUCUUUGUUGAAAUUCAAAAUAGCAUUAAAAAUUCUUCAUUUAAAGAAUACAAGGAUAGAUUUAUCCUUGAAAGAUCAAAAGAAUAA